AAAAAAAAAAAAAAAAAGAUUGGGUCAUUCGCGUUUCUUUCUUUUUUUUUCUUUUUUUUUUCUUUCAACCACAUAAAAUAUAAUGUCUUUAGAAGAUUUAUUUAGCAAACUAGCUGUUACUACUGUUAGUACUGUAUCAAGAAUUGCUCUAAGUCAUGCUACCAAUGCAGCUAUACGAAACGUGACAACAUAUAUUACACAGCAAACAACAACAGAAUCUAAAGUAUCCAAUAAAGAAUUGCUAGCUUUACAACGACAGCUUGAUCUCAAAAUUAAAAACCUAAAGCCUGCAGUCGAUAUGAUAUCUCGAAAUGUGGCCAACGGAAACUUGGAUUUGGAACCUGCUUUGGAAAUGUGCAACGACCUGAAACGUGAUUUGGAUAUAUUUACGCAAGAAACUAAAACAGCUCUAAAGGACAAAACAGAAUCUGCAAGAUUAGUGGAAAAAUUGAAGCACUUACUGAAUCAAGUGGACGAUACGGUACCUUCUCUCUCUUUGUCUUUACGAAAUAUUGACACAUCUCAAAAAGUAUCUAGCAGCAAACUAAUUCAAGCAUCAAAUAUCUUACAACAACAAUGUGCCCCUACAUUUACUGUCACUUUGUAUUCAUUGUUCGCAGCUAACGUACGGCCUGCCGCAGUUAUGACACCUUCCUCAAUUGAAUGCACUUGGAAAGAAGAAGCACGAAAAUGUCAACUGUAUAUCGAAAAGCAGCAACGGCCAUCAACGGAUACCAUUGGAUAUGAUUUGGUUUUGAAGGAAGACACCAACGAUGGACUGUAUCAUGAUCCAGAUGAAGCAGUCAAGGAGUGGCGUUGGCAAGUAGAUCGUAUCAAAAAGAUGUUUUAUACCAACAGUGGUCAACUCCUGAAUAUUGAAGAUGCAAAAGCCUCAGUACUAGUGAUCAAGCUAUUAAAAAAAUCGAACAACUCUGAUCCUGACAACAACUCUCAAGAACAGGAGGAAGUCGAUAUAUUGUCUUCAUCUUCUUCUACAACGUCAACUCCCGCUAAUGUCAAAGUCAAAGAAACUACUCCUAAUAUUCAUCGCGACGAAUUACAACUAGCAGAUUGGUUUGCAUUGGAAAUUUGGAACGAAAAGGGACAGGAUCUGAACGAUGAUUCUAGUGAUGAUUCAGACAAUGACGACAAUCCCACUAUCGGCAGUACCGGAUCGAAGAAAAAUAGGAUCAAUCUAGACAAGGAAACGAGCGCUCCUGAUACGACGAACACAGAACCUCAUCUACAAAUGAAUCUUUUACUUUUGGAAUCAGUCAUCAAGCUCGCGUUAUUGGAAGUGACGGAACAAAUCAAUCAUUUGAAUGCCUCGGAUGAAUUGUUGAAUAUGUACAUGUCAUGAUUUUCUUGUUUUUUAUUUUUAUUUUAUUUCUAUUUUUUAGAAUCCCUAUUGUCUUGAUUCCUUUAGUUGGUCAUUUUUGUAGCAAACAUAUAUGUAUUACUUUUUAUUUACCACUAUCCUUUAUAGCUUUGUUUACUUUUUGUUUCUAUCUAUCUUUUUAUAAUAAAAUCACAUCAUGUAAAAAAAA